AUGACUCGUCGUUUCCGAAUCGUGAUUGCAUUGAGUCUUGCUGCUUUAUCGAUCUGGUAUCUGACUGGAUUGAAUACACCUCGGCAUCACCCGAUCCCAAUAGUUAACAAUUCCCCAAGAGUUGAUCCUCAUAAUGUGACAGAACACAUUGAUUUCUGGCGCCAGUUUCAGUCCCUAUUGAUGGAAUAUGAGCCAAAAUGCAAGCCCCCAAAACGAACUACCAAUGCGCCAACAACGGGAUUCAAUGCGUUUGAGGCAGGUCCUCGUCCGGACCUAAUAAAGAUGAAGACUCGGGAUUUGGCACGGAUGAAGAAAGCACAUGGAGAAUUUGUUGAUGCAAUUCAACUAAACCCACCAGCUUUAUCAUACACACCUGGAACAAGGGGCUUGGUCACCACUGCGGGAGGCUCAUAUCUCCCUGUUCUCGUGAUUUCUUUGCGCAUGUUACGUCGCACCGGAUCCCAGCUCCCAAUGGAAGUUUUCUUGGCCACUCCCGAUGAAUAUGAAGAGUUCAUAUGCGACCAAGUCUUGCCUUCACUGAAUGCGAAAUGCGUGGUGUUGUCUGAAAUCACCAACGCAGUGCGACGCGCUCGAAAGAUCGAAAAAUAUCAGCUCAAGCCAUUUGCAAUGCUGUUUUCCUCCUUUGAAGAGAUCUUAUUUCUGGAUGCUGAUGCGUUCCCAAUCGCCAAGCCGGAAUCCCUAUUCGAGCAGGAACCCUUUCAAAGCACCAAGCUACUUACCUGGCCCGACUUCUGGGCAUCUUCUGCCUCCCCGUAUUACUAUCAGAUUGCUUCGCAGAAGAUUCCUCCCAUGACAUCCCGUCAGUCAACCGAAUCUGGGGAAGUUCUCAUCUCCAAGAAAACACAUCUGAAAACCCUUCUCCUCUGCACAUACUAUAAUUUCUGGGGUCCAACGCAUUAUUACCGUCUUCUCUCUCAGGGUGCAGCAGGCGAAGGAGAUAAAGAGACAUUCAUCUCAGCCGCCACAGCUGUAGGCGAGUCGUUUUAUCAAGUUAGCGAAUCUAUCUGUGCUAUGGGACACAGAACAGAGGGUGGACUUGCUGGGUCUGCAAUGCUCCAGUUCGACCCGGUUGAAGAUUAUCGACUUGUCCAGGCAGGAAAAAUCCGUGUCAAGGGUGCGUCAGCACCUGCACCUCGUCCAUUUUUCAUUCAUGCCAACUUCCCAAAAUUCAACCCUGCUACUGUAUUUUCAAAGCAAGCUGUAAAUCCCGCUUUCAACGACAAUGGGACAUACACAAGGGCGUGGAUGAUUCCUGAGGAUAAGAUUGAAGCAUUUGGCUUUGAUGUUGAGAAGCAAUUCUGGGCGGAUAUCCUUUGGACAGGAUGUGAACUAGAGAACAAUUUUCGAGCCUGGGAGAACAGAACGGAUAUCUGUGCGGGGGUGAAGAAGUAUUGGACAGCUCAAUUUGGAUCGGAGGAUCCAGCCACUGUAUGA